GCAGAGUGAACCGGGAUGGGUCAGCCAGAUCAGGAAAUGAAGCCCAAAGACCCUACACAACUAGGACCCGGGCCGGGAAGGCGGGUCCCAGCCCCGAAGGGAAGGAGCGGGAGAGGUUGACGGGUCAUGCCCUGGUCACUCCGCGCCAUUCUCCUUCGGGACCUGAUCCUGGACGUAGUGGGCGUCUCUGCCUUCCUGAUCCACCUGGGCGCCGACCUGUGGCUCGUGAGCCAGUAUGUGCUCAGCGGUCGCUACCUGUGGGCCGCACUGGUGUUGAUGCUGCUGGGUCUCGCCUCGGUCGCACUGCAAGUCUUCAGCUGGGUCUGGCUGCGCGCCGACCCCGCCGGCCUUCACUCGUCCCAGCCCUCAGGCCGCUGCCUGGCGCUGCUCCAUCUCCUGCAGCUGGGCUACCUGUACAGGUACAUGCAAGGGCUACAGCAGGGUCUGUUGGUGUGGCAGCAGGAGGUGCCCUCCGAGUUUGACUUGGCCUACGCUGACUUCCUCUCCCUGGACAUCAGUAUGCUGCGGCUCUUUGAGACCUUCCUGGAGAAGACGCCGCAGCUCACGCUGGUGCUGGCCAUCAUGCUGCAGAGUGGCCAGGCCGAGUACUACCAGUGGGUCAGCAUCUGCACGUCCUUCGUGGGUAUCUCAUGGGCACUGCUUGACUACCACCGGGCCUUGCGCACCUGCCUCCCCUCCAAACCCAUCCUGGGGCUGGGCUCCUCCGUGAUCUACUUCCUGUGGAACCUGCUGCUGCUGUGGCCCCGAGUCCUGGCUGUGGCCCUGUUCUCAGCCCUCUUCCCCUGCUACGUGGCUCUGCACUUCUUGGGCCUGUGGCUGGUGUUGCUGUUCUGGGUCUGGUUUCAGGGCACUGACUUUAUGCCAGAUCCCCGCUCUGAGUGGCUGUACCGGGCAACAGUGGCCACCAUCCUUUAUUUCUCCUGGUUCAAUGUGGCUGAGGGUCGCACUCGAGGUCGCGCCACUAUCCACCUGGUGUUUCUCCUGAGUGACAGCAUUCUCAUGGUGGUCACCUGGGUGACUCAAAGUGCCUGGCUGCCCAGGGGGAUCCCGCUGCAGAUGUUGCUGCCUGUGGGUGGCAUCAGCUUCCUUUUGGGUCUGGUCCUGCGGCUUGUUUACUACUGCUGGCUGCACCCCAGCUACCGCAGGGAGCCUGCGCAGGUGGAUGGGACCCGCGCCCUUUACUUCCUCGAGUGCUCUCAGUUGCCUCAGAACAGGCGCACGGGCCAUUUGGCUCAGAAUUUUUUCCCCAAGUCUAGGGAUGAGGCUGCUUUGCAAUGGGAGAGAAGGGCAAAUGGGGUCCUUUGAGGCAGGGUCAGACCCAGCCAGAAGAACAGAUGGACAAGAUAAGCUAAUUAUGCUGCUAUGGGCCUUGAUUCACUCAACAAGCACUUGAUGCCUGAUCUUGCCAGACACAGAAGACCAGAGAUGAGUAAGACAGAGGCCUGCCUUCAAAGAUAAGAACAAGAUGAGAAGGGCCAGGUCCUGGAGGGUCAAGAGCCUUAGUUAUAUACAAAACACUUUGGGAGGAAAGAAGAAAUCCCUUUUCUUUUCCUUCCAACCAGUAUGUAUGGUGCCCGAAGCAUCCCAGUGUUUGCAUUUUCACCUCCAAAAUAAUUGGUGGAGGUGACAUUUCACCCCUUGGUUCCCCUAUUCUGGACUAGAAGGCCCUAAGACCUCCAGAAUGUGUUCUCUAGAGUUCUUCCCCCUACCCCACCUCAGUCAUUCAGUUCAUUCACCAACUGUUUACUGAGAGCAUUUUUUGUGUGCCAGGAACAUCACUCUGUUCUUGGAACCUGGAACAAGAUCAGCUUCCACCCUUCCCAUCUCCAGUUGCCCCAAUGUAGGCUCAUAUGCUAGAAGCCUGGAUGCCUAGUUGGCUGGAGUCUGUCAACCCCUCCAAGGCUUAACUGCAGCUGGCCCAGCCUCUGCCCCUGCUCUCACGGGGCCACCUUUCAACCAAGUGCCUUGUGAACCUGUGAUCUGGGCUAUGGCUCAGCCUGUUGAGUAUUUUUUAUACUUUAGACAGUGUACUUCCUACCUCAGAGUCUAUUGUGAGAAGAAGAGAAGGUGUGCACAUAUGUCUCUGCAGGUGAGAGAUACGCAUGUGUUGUUUUUG